UUGUCUCCUUCCUUACACGUUUCCGUCCCACUCCCGCUUUCAAACAGGGGCCCCACUCGCGUAGUUGAGUUGUUUCUGAGUUCAUGCUGCACGCGACAAACCAGCCAGCACUCCCUUUUUGUGUCUCGAAACACGACGUCUUCACCCGUCGACGGCGCAUUUUCCCCGUUACAGAGCUCGCUCCGCUGUCAGCGAGUCUACGCAUGAGAUACGUACAAGUGAGCUUCGCAAGAUCCUCCAUUAGAACCGUUUCUUAGGAAUCGUAUCGCUGCCAUCGCUUUUACUAGCCGCCACCAGGAGCUACGCGAAGGUUCGAGACCGCUAGCUACGGCAGCAUUGCACGCUGCGUCGACCGCACGCCGGAGCCAGUGCCGAAGCAAACCCGUCAGUUCUCAGCAUACCCUCGAGGAUCUCCCCCCACCAACAGGCCCCCAAAAUGCGGCCGAACAAGGCGCUCGGCGCGCUUGUGAACGUUGCGCUAUUACUCAUUGGCCUGGGCCUGAUCGGAGUCGCCCUGUGGCUGCUGCUGGCCGCCACCUACGGCGCGUGCCUGCUGCCCUACCAGGUGCCGCUCAUCGCCGUGGGCGGCGCGCUGCUCGUCGCCGCGCUCGUCGGAUUCUGUGGCUUGGCGUGCGAGUCGAACGCGCUCUCGUGCCUCUACCUCGUCGUCGCGCUCGUCGCCGUGCUCGCGUCGACGGCCUUUACCAUCUUCGCGUUCCUUGUAACGGGAGGAACACCGCUGCCUACAACGAGUCGCGGGCAGACGGUGUAUGCGACGUGGGGCUUCUCGCCGUGGAUGCAGGCGCAGGUGGGCAACGCCUCGUGGGCCGCCCUCCAGACAUGCCUCGCCCAACGCCGCACGUGCGGCGACCUGCGCUCCUACGCCCCCGCCGUGCUCAACGGGCUGCUGCUGCCGCCUAUCGAGGCCGGCUGUUGCAUUCCGCCGCAAGGCUGCCUCAACCGAACGUUCAGGCCCACAUACUACUCCUUCGCCGCACUCGACGGACCCUCCACGCCGCAACAGCAGCCAUCUGCAGGCAACUCCCCCAAUGACAUCCCUGUCCACGCAGCAGCAGCAGCAGGCACCACUCCCCCCCACAGCAGCAGCAGCAGCCAGCAGAACUGCAGCGCGUUCAGCAUAGAGCCGCAGGCGCUGUGCUACGCGUGCGAGUACUGCAAGGGCGGCUUCCUCGCGCAGCUGCACGCGCACUACGCCCUCGAGAAGUUCGUCAGCCUGGGGGCCUCAAUCGCGGUGCUCUUGCUCUACCUCAUGGCGUGCUGCGCUGCGUUCACAGGCCUGGAUGACGACGAACCGGGGUUGGAGAAAUCUACCGCUGCUGCUGCGGCUGCCGCCGCUGCGAGUAAGUUGCAGAAGAGUGGCACGAUGAGCCGAGUGAAUACUUUCACCGUAGCCCCUGGACAGUUUGAGCGGUCUCUGUCAGCUAAGGUGCCUGGCCAAGGGGUUGGGGUGGGGGCACUUGGAGGCGUGGCAGCAGGCGCGGCGAUAGGGCAGUAUGAGCGGUCGCUAACAUACGUGGACAAGUCUCCAGGGCCCCUGGAUAGGUCCCUCACUCAAGUUGAGAAAGCGGUGCCAAAUCGGCCAAGUUAUGCUGCACGUGAGACAAGAAGCCGGGAGGACACGCGUAGCCGCAGCAGCUAUGCCGACGACUCUCGGAGCACCCACAGCUACACCGAGGAUUUGAGAAGUUGCCGAAGCUCCAAGAGUUCCCGAAGCUCGAGAGGCUCGGAAAGAGGCAAGGAGGUCUUUGUGGUGGAGGUGGAGGAUCGGGAAGGAGGGUACGGAAUGCCGAAGCGGCGGGUAGUGCAUGAUGAGGCGAUGUGGGAGGGCGAUGAAGACAUGGACUAUGCAUGGAGGGAAGAGAUAAUACAAGAGGAGGAGGCAGAUUGGGAGGCGAGGGAGAGGGAGAGGGAGAGGGCAAGGGAAAGGGAGAGGGAUCCGGGCAUGGUGGUUGGAAGAAGCUACAGCAGCAAGAGCGGAUCAGGCCAAAAGAGAGGAAGACGGUCGAGCCAAGAGAAGCCCAGUUCGGAAGUGCGAGGCAGGCAAGAGACAAGACAUUCCAGGAGAAAAACUUGGGCAACCAAUGGGAAAGAGUUGGAGGGUUCUCGCCUACGGCAAGAGGGGAGCCAGUCUGAGAGGGCUGCUUCAAGGAGAGACGAAAGGCCACUUGCACCCCCCAAGGUGUAUGACUUGGAGAGUACCUAUGGCGAUGAUAGCGGGUACGAUGAUGACAGCCGGUAUGGCGAUGGACGCCCAAGGCAACAGUUUGAUGUCGAAUCUGACAUAUAUGGAGAGGAAUACGACGAUGAUUCGUAUGACGGGAGAGUUUGAAGCUGAUCAUAGCAUGUAUUCUGAUCA